AUGGUCUCACUGUUUUCGUCGCUUUUGCAAUGGUUCAGCGGCCUCUUCUUCUCCAAGCAUGCUGAAAUAUCCGUAGUCGGACUGCAGGCUUCAGGGAAAACAUCAUUUGUGAACGUCAUUGGAAGCGGUCAGUGGAGCGAGGAGGUUGUACCCACAGUUGCAUUCAACUUCAGGAAGAUCAAGAAGGGAAACGUCACGCUGAAAGUCUGGGACGUCGCUGGGCAACCCAGAUAUCGUUCAUUAUGGGAGAGAUAUUGCAGUGGAGUUGACGCUAUACUGAAGUAUCUCGUCGACUCGCAGAAGGACAAGUUUGAAACGGCAAGAUUUGAGUUGCAUAACUUACUUUCUCAGCCUUCGCUCCAGGGCGUGCCCUUGCUCGUGCUCGGGAAUAAGAAUGAUAUACCGGGACAUGCCACGGUCAAUGAACUGAUAAAGUCUCUGCAACUGGAUAAGAUCCAGGGCAGACCCGUUUCGGUACGUCCCUGUUCUAUGAAGAGCCAACAUAAUUUGGAUAUCGUCCUGCAGUGGCUCUCGGGCAGGGGACACUGA